AUGGUAAAGGGGGAUGACCAAGCUAAACCUGUUUUAAAUUCUACUAUAUCUGCAAGGUACACAGGACCCCGUAAUGCAUCAAACAUGGCUCUCAUACAGGUUGAAUUACCCUCUGGGUUCAGUGCAGAUAAAGAGUCUCUGGAAAGGAUGACAAAGGGCUUGGUGAAGAGGACUGAAAGUGAAGAAAGCCAUGUUAAUAUUUAUAUUUCAGCGUUGAACAGAUCAUUUGAGACCUUUACCUUUUUAGCCGUUGAAGAAUUUAGAGUACAAAAUCAAAAACCUAAAAUGAUUAAGAUAAUUGACUACUAUGAAUCAGGGGAGGAAGCUGUGACAAUGUACGAUGUACCCAACUACUGA